GUUCUGUUCCUUCAUAAGGACCUUGAAGCACUAGGAGGAAAGGUGCUGUGUGUGUGUGUGGAGUUUUCCAUAACGUCCAGUCCUAACUAAAAGGCUGAGUUAAAGAAAACUCCCUGAGUGCUCUGCUCCCUUGGUCUACAAUGAGCGCCAAAUCUGCCAUCAGCAAGGAAAUUUUUGCUCCGCUGGAUGAAAGGAUGCUGGGAGCUGUCCAAGUCAAGAGGAGGACAAAGAAAAAGAUUCCUUUCUUGGCAACUGGGGGUCAAGGCGAAUAUUUAACGUACAUCUGCCUAUCAGUGACAAACAAGAAACCCACGCAGGCGUCCAUCACGAAGGUCAAACAGUUUGAAGGCUCCACGUCGUUUGUGCGGAGAUCACAGUGGAUGCUGGAGCAGCUUCGCCAGGUUAAUGGCAUUGAUCCUAAUCGGGACUCUGCAGAGUUUGACUUGUUGUUUGAAAACGCUUUUGAUCAGUGGGUAGCCAGCACAGCCUCAGAAAAAUGCACCUUCUUCCAGAUCCUCCACCACACCUGCCAGCGGUACCUCACAGACCGGAAGCCGGAGUUUAUCAACUGCCAAUCGAAAAUCAUGGGAGGAAACAGCAUCCUCCACUCGGCGGCCGACAGCGUCACCAGCGCAGUACAGAAAGCGAGCCAGGCCUUGAACGAGCGCGGGGAGCGGUUAGGCCGCGCAGAGGAGAAGACCGAAGACAUGAAGAACAGCGCCCAGCAGUUUGCGGAAACUGCACACAAGCUUGCCAUGAAGCACAAAUGUUGAGAAACUGCCUCUCCUGAUGACCUCUUAAGAGAAAUGGAAGUUUGUUCAGCAGUUUUUACAAGAAUUCCAGACCUCCGCUUGCUUCUUUUCCAAAAUACGGACAUUUAGGGGGUUUUGUUUUGCCUUUUCAGAUGUUAGUAUGAAAGAAAAGAUGCUGUGUUUAUACAUUUCCCUAAUAACCUUGCUAAGAAAUGCUGCAUAGCAUCAGCUUCAGUUCUUUUCCACUGUGUGUAUGCGUAUGUUUGUCUUUUCCCUUUUUUUAAGGUUUUUUUUUCAGUAGUUUGAAUAUGAAAUUUUGACCAAAUGAUAUACUGGCAACAUGUUUUUUUUUCUUCCCCUGAUAUUAAGCAGGAAGACAUUUUAUGUAGUGACAUCAGCUGUUACUGUUCCUGGUUGAAAAUAAAAUUCAAGCAGUGAUUGGUUUCACUCAGUCUCCUAGCCACUCUUAAUUUGAAGGUUAAGAUUCUAUAUCCUGAGAUGUAAGUCUGUAUUAUGAAAAACAAAUGGAUUUAUCAGGGGAAACAGCAGUCUUAGAUUUUGCUUUUUGUGUAGUAAUCUCGUGCAUGAGCCAUCACCAGCAUUCAAAAAAAAAACCAUCAGAAUCACAGAUAGAAAUCUACUUUCUGAGCUACAGUUUAAGUACUUCCACUACUUGUUUCCAGGCUGAUUAUUUGGAAUUGUCAAAUGAAGGAUAAAAAUUUGAGAUUAAAGACCCAAGGAAAAGCCUAUUUGUAAAACCUCUGUGCAUUCACAAAUGUUUCUUUUGUCACUGUCCCCAAUUACUAAGUUAGCUGGUCUUGAAAAGAGCUUGGAUUUUAAUCAAGAAUCGAUUUGUCCAGAUAAAGGUCUGUGCAAAUGAUAACGUGAAAAGAUACUACAUUAAAAAUCUUUUUUUUUUUUUUUUUUUUUUACGAAGUCAUGCAUUUCAGAGACACCCUCACAAUGCCCUUGGGAAAUGGCCAUCAAUAGCUUGGUAUCUGAUUUUUGGAGGUUUUUAUGUUGUUACUACUGCUGUCUGUUUACUUAAUGUAAUUUAAAGUAUGGGUUUCUUGACACAUCACAUUUCAUGGCAAUUGCAACUUGCCAGGUCUGGCAUAAAACAGCAGUCAGGAAGCCUUUCCAUUGCAGUCAGACUGAAUAAAGUCAGUUCACACACUUUCCGAUCCCGUAUUACUCAACACUGUCCUGGGCUUUUCAGUCUGGGAAUUUGGUUCGUUAGAGGGUUAAAAUGCUAAAUAGAAGCUGUGCUUUGUCUUCAUGAAACAAGGAGGCAGGCUGCACAUCCCAGACACAUUCUCAGCCUCCCGCUGCGGUGCAUUGAUUUUUAAGCUGCCUGGAUCUUCAGGACCCCUUUCUAUCCAUUGAGCCGACUGAAGCCAUGUGUAUUGUAGCCUCUUACAUAGCAGCAUACAAUGACUUUGGGAUUAUUUAUGCUGAUUUAAAUAGCUUAAAUUCUCCUGAUAAAGCAUUCCCAAAGUGAUAGAAAAUUAGGCUAUUGUGGGGGGGAAAUGAUCUUGGUACAUAUCAAAAGGGAGAUAGGAUUUACCAGAGACAAAUUUCUGGAUCCUCUUAGGGAAAUGAUCCAGUUCAAGAAAACUCUGUAAAGUUAAAUAGUUUACCCUAUAAAGUUUAAUAUUUUGUACUUUUUUGUUUUUGGUGUCUUAAAACUUUAAAGAAGCAAGGAACUUGGUAUCUGGUGAGUAUCAUUAGACACAUUUAUAAUUUUUAAGAAACGCUGAAAACAUCACACCAAAUAGGUGUUGACUGCAGACCUCGGUCAGAAAAUGCACACGCACACACACAUAUAUUCACCUUCCCAAGCUGGAUUCUAGCUUCAUAGAUAGACAGUUGGUAUAAAUAAUUGAAAGGGUAAAUCUAAAACCCCCCGACAAUCGGCCAAACUCAAAUAUAAAAUUUGUUGCCAACUAUCUAACAACAGUGUUUGUGAAGCUGCUUCUCAAAUAGCAGAGGGUGAGGUCAUAAGCAUACUGUGAAAUCUGAGAUUCCUCCUUCCUGGUAGCCUUGUGAUAGUUACUCUUCAUAAAUAUAGGUAUUCAACAUCUUGCCCUCUUUCUUUACUGUUUAUCCUGAUAGACUUAAGUCUUACUGGAAAUAGCCUGGAUUAGAAGAAAGUCUAUUUGCAUCUUUAUUAGCAUCCUCUCCUGAUUUGCUUCCAGGCUGUGGUCAUGCCCUUGACCUCCCUGUGUCCAAGUCCUACCUAGGCUUCCACCCCACAGAGGCCAAAAAGCAACCCCGGCCCCUCCUGGACUCCUAACUUUUUUGCAGAGGAGCGAGCCCUGUGAUGGCACACAUGAAGUUCUUUGCUAUCCUUUUGUGGAAGGUGCUGCUAUACAAAAUAUUAAUACAGUCUAACGUAGAGAAAAUUGCUAAAAUAACUUACAUUACUUGGGAGCAAUUCAGUGGCUUGCUAGAAGACGUUUGUUUCAUUUCCGCACUUCACUGUUGAGUUUUGGAAAUACUCAGUAUCUGUGAAGGCUUUCUUAAAUCGUAUUGACAACGCAUAAAGAUUUUCCCAGUGUUCUCACUUCCACCUGGAGCGCAGCUGCAGUAUUCUUCACUAGUCCUAUUAGAUACCUGUGUACAGGAAGUAGACACUAAUUCAGGCUAAUGUUUCAUAUUAAAGAAUGUAUUUGUAAAAUGUAACAAGAUCAGUAGUUACCUUUUUUAAGCUCUGAAAAAAAGAUUAUGUGUUAGACUUAAAAUUACAGUGAAAUUUGUCUUAAUACUACUUUUGUGGCUAACCAAGGUUGUGCAUUUAUGUAAAAAUAUUUACAGAAUGUCCUCAAUAAAGGAUAUUAAAGAUAGGUUUUGCUCUUAAUUUUUAGAAUUGUAACACUGCUAAUGUCUGUUGUACAGUUAUUCAUUCUCCAGAAGUUCUCUAACACGUCAAAGAUAAUUUUUGUUCCUUUCAGAGACAAGUAACACUUGCCCUGUGAUUCACUAUUACAGCAAACUCUAAUUUUAUCAUUAAAUAGUUUAACCGCGAUGAA